GCAGGCGUACACUCUCCAGUAGCCAACAUACUCCAUGUGUCCUGGGAAAUAUACGAUUAGUACCAGUGGAUGCUCCAGAUCAGAGCUCAACAUAUUAAAGAGUGUGAAGGAUGAGAACAAACAGGGCAAAAAGUCUCCUAAUAUUUGGAGUUAUUGGUCUGUUGGUUUUCCAUCUCUGGAAAAAUGUUUUUGCUGAACAUGCAACCAACCACUUACAAGUGAAUGUGAGAAGGGACGACAAUCAAAAGGAGCCGACCGCCAAACAUAACGCCUAUGUUUAUUCUUGGCCAAGAUGUCAUCGAAAUAUGUCUGCUGCCAACAUCACAGGCUUCAGCUCUCUUCCUGGUGGUAUAAAAGACUUUCUCUACUAUCGACACUGUCGCCAUUUCCCCAUGCUAAUGGACCUUCCUGACAAAUGUGGAGGACCCGAUAAAUCAGCAGAAGUCUUCCUUCUGUUGGUCAUUAAAAGCUCCCCUGUGAACUACGAACGCCGAGAGGUGCUGCGCAAAACCUGGGCUAAAGAGAGGUUACACAAUGGUGUGUGGAUCAGAAGGAUCUUCAUCUCAGGAACGAUGGGUACUGGUUUUGAGAAAGAGAGACUGAACAAACUACUCGAGCUGGAGCAACAACAGUACAGUGACAUCCUCCAAUGGGACUUUGAUGAAUCAUUCUUCAACCUCACCUUGAAGCAGAUACUCUUCUUAGAAUGGAUGGAAAGAAACUGUCCGAACGCUCGCUUCCUGCUAAAUGGUGAUGAUGACGUCUUUGCCAACACAGACAACAUGGUCGAGUAUCUCCAAAGCCUCAAGGACAAUGAUGGAAGCAAGCACCUCUUUACUGGCUAUCUGUUCGAGGGCCAAGGGCCUGUUCGAUGGACAAAGAGCAAGUACUAUGUCCCAGUUCAGAUUCAGGAGUCAGAAUCAUACCCGCCUUAUUGUGGUGGUGGGGGUUUCCUCUUGUCAGGUUAUACAACUUUGAUCAUAUACAAUUUGUCCCAGUCCAUUACUAUUCAUCCAAUUGAUGAUGUUUACAUGGGGAUGUGUCUGGCCAAAGCAGGUCUCGUACCUGUUCACCAUAUCGGUGUCAAGACGCUAGGGUUUAACAUUCCUACUAACAAACAAGAUGAUGAACAUGAUCCUUGCUAUUAUAAAGAACUUCUACUUGUACACAGAUUCCUUCCAGCUCACAUGUAUUUUAUGUGGCACAGAAUACAUGACGCUAAUCUGAAAUGUGGACAUAGCUUUAGCAAUAACAAAAUGUAACUUCUGCAUCCUGCACCUGCUCUUAGAUAUUGAAUUCAGGGAUGAUCAUCUUCAUUAUUUCAAGGGGACAGGUUUAAACUUAUAUAGGUUCACUCUUGGAUAAUAUAUACUGUAGCUUCUCCUCUCAUUUUUUUAAAAACUGUAACCAUGCCCAUUAGAUCAUCAGGGAGCAAAUAUUUUAUCCCAGUUCAGGUUCAGGAGUCAGAGUCAUAUCCUCCCUACUGUGGUGGUGGGGGUUUCCUCUUGUCAGGUUAUACAGCUUUGGUCAUAUACCAUAUGUCCCAGUCCAUUGCCAUUCUUCCAAUUGAUGAUUUUUACAUGGGUAUGUGUCUGGCCAAAGCAGGACUUGCACCUGUUUCCCAUAUGGGUUUCCGGACUAUUGAAAGUAGAUCUAUAUGACCCUUGUUAUUAUAAAGACCUCUUAUUGGUACACAGAUUCCUGCCAGCUAAAAUGUUUUUUAUGUGGCAUAAAAUGUAUGAUCAUAAUCUGAAAUGUGGCUGCUAGCACUGCUAAAAAGAUUGAUCACCAUUACUGACAUGCCAGUCAGCUGAAUGUGUACAACCAUGUACUGUAUGCUUAUAUUUAGAUUUUAUAUGGCCUUAGUGACAUUACUAUGUGAUAUUACUAACAUUACUGAACUGCCCAGUUGCUUUUGAUUUAAGAAAGCCAUGUUUCACAUUUUUUGUACUUUGUAAACUCCUUGUACAUUUUGUAUGAGCACAAAUUAUUUAAUCAUUCAUGUUUUUCAGCCAUGUAUUUUAGACGCAUCAGCGCAGGGAAUCCAAAGAACUGAAUUCAGUUAGGUCAAUUAACAUUUACAAAAGCUGCUGCCACAAAAUUACUUUAUUUAAAACAUGGCAAAGGAUGUAAAUAAGAACACAAAAUACAACUAAUCUUCACUACAACACUACACUACGAAUGGAAAAUAUGAGAUGCAAAAUAUAUUUCUUCUCAAUACUUUAAAAGAAAUUAAAAAAAAAAAACACAAAGCUUUAAGUCUG